UAACGUGUACAUCUGGCGAUAGUCAAAUAUAAGUGCAAAUCAGAGUUGCAAUAAAAAGCAAGCAAAUAUUGGUGUAAACACUGUUUCAGAAAAAUUAACAACCAGUAUGUCGCUAGUUCCGAUUUUGCUUCGUGGUUGGUGUGAUGAUUUUGUGGACGUUCACCCCAGGCCAUCCACCAUACUAGAAAGAUAUUUUGGUGACGAUAUCUUCCCCGAUAACCUUAUGUUGGCGAUAGACCACGCUCCAAAGCGUCGGGUAUUGAAUCGACCAGGGUUCUCCGCCGGAAGCAUCCAAGACAACCGGGCUGCUGCGAUGCGCUGCACUAAAGAUGGGUUCCAGGUCAGCGUGGAUGUUCAACAAUUUUCCCCGGAAGAGAUCUCAGUAACAAUGGUUGACGACUACAUCACCGUUGAAGGCAAACAUGAGGAAAGGCAGGACGAGCAUGGAUUUGUUUCACGACACUUCAUUCGCAAAUAUCGGUUCCCGGAAGGACAUGAUGCAGCGAAAGCGAUUUCAUCGCUCUCAUCCGAUGGAGUAUUGACAAUCAGAGCUCCAAAAUUGGCAUCCACUGAACCGGAAGCGGUAAUAACCAUUCCGGUAAUACAAACGGGAAAGCCGAUCAAGAAGAACGUCAAAUAAUUACCAAUGAAUGAUGAAAUGCCAGCGAGCAUAAGACUGAUAUGUUAUUUCUUCUCAUCGU